UUGACAGCUUGUGGUAAGGGUCCGAAACGUAAACAUUGCAAAGAUCUGGCUUCGCGACCCGGGCCGGCACGCGACCAACAGGACUGUGUGUGAUUUUUACCAAAAAACCCGCGAAAAAAUGUUGGGCAAUGUAGCGAAAAUGCUCGGAAGCAGUGGCCUGUGCGUCACCCAAUCGGUGCUGCUCCAAUCGUCCCGGAACACCUUCGUGCUGAAGCGCCGGUUCCCACCGAACCUGUACAAGAAGAACCAGAAGCCGGGUAAGCUGCGGGGCCGCCACUUUGUGUACGAUCUGGUCGAGGACACCACGAUCAAGAAGAAGCCGAACCUGGAGGUGGUGCUGACCGCGUUCGUCGAGGGUGUCGGUUCCAAGGGGGACGUGGUGUCGCUCAAGCCGAACGAGGCGUACAACAAGCUGCUGCUGCCGGGACUGGCCGUUUACAAGACGCCGGAAAACGUGGCCAAAUAUGCGACCGAGAAGGACGAGAAGGAAACGGAAGUGCACAGCUCGGCGUACGCGCAGCGGACGGUGAACAAGCUGGAAAGUCUCAUACUGGCGGUCGUGAUGAACAAGGACCAUCCGUGGGUGAUCGAACCGUGGCACAUCAAGCUGUCGUUGCGAAAGGCGGGAUACUACGUGCCGGACAGUGCGAUCGCCCUUCCGGACACGCCCAUCACCGGGCCGGAUCUGCUGAAGCAGAACAAGGAGUUCUACUGCACCGUGACGAUUAACAAUCUCGAGCAGGCCCGGGUACGGUGCCGGAUACACCACUGGAGCACGGAGCCGAGCGACCGACUGCCGUACGUGUUCGAGCACUGGAAGCUGGACGCGGAGCCUCUGUUCGGGGAAGGGUCGCCGGCUAAAGCGUAGGCUUUUGCGCGAUUCUGAGCGCACGGGAAUAAUACACAAUGGUCGAUUCAGGAAACAACCCUUUUUCGAUCGAGGUCACACUGAACCAACGAAUGGAAAAUGAGGCGAUUUCGAUUUCGAUAGAAUGGUUGUACGGGAAAUUCAUGAAAUUGAACUUACGUACCGCCCAAAUAUAGGCUAAAUAACCGUAGUUCCGAGCAUUCGGAGGAAAAAGA